AUGAAGCUACAUCCUCAAUCUCCUGGAUAUAGCCUCACGAGAAUCUCCAUUAUUACCCCACCAUUCACGUCAUCCUUAUUCUGGGAAGCAUUACUCCAAAAAUGGUUCUUACCAUUCAUAGUCCCCGAACGAAUCAUAUCUGGUAACGCAACAAUUUUCCAUUCCCGGUAUGCAGAGGAUAUGACCUCGCGUUUGAAAAGAUCGUGGACUCACAACGCUCCUGGAUUCCCACAAGCAAGAGCCCCAGUUGAGAUUAUCAAUCGACAUCUUAACAACUUCUUUAGGACCCCAGAGGAACUACCGCGUACCUGGCCAUUCCAACUGAGACUUCUGGCGCAACAAUAUAACCUGACGCAUCAUGAAAGUCUGGGUUUCUCUCCAGCUGCACUGCUUUUCGGUCGGCAAACACCCCCAACAGACUGGAAUUACUGUGGACUUGCUAAAGGACAAUGA